GCGGUGGUUUAUGGGUACUGUAGUGCGCCGGCUGUGUGUGGUGAGUGAUGGCGGCCGCGGUGGUGUUAGCGGUGGUGCUGGGCGGAGGAGUGAUCCUCAUGGCCCGGAGACUGCUCUCCAGCCGCAGGGACGCGCUCCGCCUCCCCGCCGGUGCAAUGCGCGGGAAAACGGUCAUCGUGACGGGCGCGAGCAGCGGCAUCGGUAAAGCCACCGCGGCCGAGCUCUUCCGGCUGCGCGCGCGGGUCAUCAUGGCGUGUCGGGACCGCGCGAGAGCCGAACAGGCGGCCGCAGAAAUCCGCGCAUGCGCAGGAACCUGUGACGGACAGCUGGUCAUCAAGCACGUGGACCUGACGUCACUGAGAUCCGUGCGCGCGUUCUGCCGCGAAAUCAUCCAGGAGGAGCCGAAGCUCGACGUGUUGAUUAACAACGCGGGUGUGUUCCGCUGCCCGUACUCUAAAACGGAGGACGGCUUUGAGAUGCAGUUGGGUGUGAACCAUCUGGCUCACUUCCUGUUAACCCACCUGCUGACAGAGCUGAUGGUACGUUCCGCCCCGAGUCGCAUCCUCGUCAUCUCCUCCAAACUUUACAAACGCGGCAGCAUCCGAUUUGACGACAUUAACAGCGAGCGCAGCUACGACCCGGCCUUCUGCUACAGCCAGAGUAAACUAGCUAACCUGCUGUUCACGCGUGAGUUAGCGAGGAGGCUGGAGGGGCGGGGCGUGACGGUGAACUCCCUCUCCCCCGGGAUGGUCAGGACCAACCUGGGCCGCCAUGUCCGGGUCCCGCUCCUGCUGAAGCCCCUCCUCUUUCUGGUGUCAUGGCUGUUCUUUAAGAGUCCAGCAGAGGGCGCUGAGACACCGCUGUACCUCGCCUGCUCUCCUGACGUGGCUAACGUGACGGGGAAGUUCUUCUCUAACUGCCAAGAGGAAGAGCUCCUGCCUAAGGCGACGGUCGAUGACACAGCAAAGCGGCUAUGGGACCUGAGUGAGACCAUGGUCGGGAUGAAGAGCUGAGCUGGAUCUCGCUGGUUAAAUACGUUGAUGAUGUUCUCCUGAUUCUAAUAAAUCAACUGCAAAUUAUUAGUAAAUAUGUUUGGAGAUGUUCCAUGUGGUCUGUACGGUACGUCCUUAUACACGUGUGCGUGAAAAAAAAACGAUGGCUGAUGUGAUCUUCAGAACGUUUCGUCAUGUGCUGCCAAAGAAACCAUCGCAACCAGGAGUAACCAUAGCAACCAGAGAAACCAAAGUCCAGGCAGGAACAGCCAACAGUCACCAGUGAACUAACAGAGAGAAUUUACUUAAAUUCACUUAAAUAUCGUUCCCUAAAACUGAAGUGUUUCAGAAUCGGAGUAAAGAGCAGACGGACUGAGGUGUAACUCCUCCUCCUCACUGCCCUCCAGUUACAGCUCACUCAGUCUGAGUUUUUAUAAAAGUGUGUAAUUUACAGUUCUACACACGACAGGAUGUGUCCUGACCUACAUUUACAGCUAAAACUGCUGGUUCUGGUGUCCGAUUUCCCUCUGGGAGCAUCUCUCAGGCGUGAAGUGUCCAUCAGUCUCUCUCUUCACUACUGAAGUCUCUGCAGAUGGCUGCUGAAUCGUGGCCAUGCUAAGAGCGGUGUGAUCAGCGCCCCCCGCUGGCUCAGUGUGGGUGUGUGCAAUAGAGCUGUGAGAAAUGCAGAAAUAUUAAUAAAAAUUAUUCUGAUGAUG